AUGUGUUUUUAUUCUCCUAUAUAUUGGGAAAUAAAGUGUAUACUCCAUAUAGUGAAGCAAUUUAUUUUACAUAGAUAUAAAAAGAGAAAUAAAGCAGUAGAGGCAGAGAAAAGAAGAAAAGUAGCACAUUCCAAAGAACCAUCACUCGUCAGACAUGAAGAGAGAAACGAGAAGAAACAGAGAGAGCAGCAUACUCUAGGUAAGUAG